AUGUCAUCGUCAGUUAAGCACCACAGUGCUCCUUUGGAAGCUCCAACCCCACACAAGUCGUCUGCGACCAAGAAGGCGACGCCAUCCAAAGUCGACCAACGCAAAGCACAUGCGACCCCCAAGAAAGAGUCAGUCGCAGCCGCCAUCAAGGAGAAGACGACGCCUGUAGCGAAGAAGGCGUCUUCAUCAGCAUCGAAACCCGCGGCCUCUACCAAACACACACCAUCAUCAGUCUCAAAAACGGCGACAUCGAGCGCGCACAAGACAGCUUCGCAUGCCCCCAAGCCGGCCAAGUCUGCAUCGCAGACUGCUCAGAAGACCACGGGCGGCAGCAGCGGCGCAGACAUCGUGAAGAGGCUGCAGGAGAAGAAGAACCCUCAAUACACCGAGACGACGGGUUCGGACAUUGUCAAGAGAAUCCAGGCACGUAAGGCCGCCGCAGCCAAGGCGGAGGCCGCCGCGUCCAAGGCCGAGACCUCAGCGAAGAAGACAACGCCCUCCGUACCUCGGGCCCCGGUCACGGUUCCCAAGACCGCGCCGGCUCCUGUGAAGAAGACGGUCAAGCCCGCCGUUAUCCCGGCCGCCCCCUUGCGAAACGUCCCGGCCGCGAACCCCACCCCGGCCAAGACCGCUCCCUCGCCGGUCCAGAAGAAGGAGAAGGUCUAUGCUCCUGGCGCCCUGGUGCCGACUGCCGAGCACGAGGCCAGGCGUGCGAAGGCCGCUACUGCCAAGACCUCUGGGUCCAAGGAGAAGACAUACCACCCUAGCGCCUUGGUGCCCACGCACGAGAUCGAGGCGAAGCGCGCCGCGAACAAGUCCGGCCGGGCUGGUGGACCAGUCGGCCAGGUCGCCGACACCGUCGGCAAGACUGUUGGAGGCGUCGGCAAGACCGCUGGCGGCGUGGUUGGCGGAGCCGGCAAGACCGUCGGCGGAGUUGGCAAGACAGCCGGAGGCGUUGUCGACGGAGUCGGCAGGUCGGCCGGGGGCACCGUCGAUAACCUUGGAAAGACUGUCGGCGGUGUCACCGGGGGCGUCGGCAAACAGGUCGGCAACACGGUCGGAGGCCCGCUCGGCAAGGGCGUCAGCGGUGCCACGGACGGACUCGGCAAGACGGUUGGCGGUGCCACCAGUGGCGUGGGCAACACCCUCGGAGCCGCGACCGGCGGCGUCGGCAAGACCCUUGGUGACACCACUGGCGCGCUCGGAAGAGGUGACCUCAUGGGCACUGUCGGCGGAGCCACCUCUGGAGUUGGUGACACCGUCGGCGGCGUUGGAAAGGGACUGGGCGACACUGUCGGCGGUACCCUCGGGGGCGUAGGCGACACCGUUGGCGGCCCGGUGGGAGGCAUUGUCGGCGGCGUCGGCAAGGGUGCCGGUGAUGCCGUCACUGGUAUCACCGGUGGCCUUGGCAAGGGCGUUGGCAGACUUGGCAAGGGAGAUGUCCUCGGGGGUGUUGGUGACGUCGUCGGGGGUGUCGGUGAUGGGGUUGGAGGUCUCCUUGGAGGUGUCCUUGGCGGCGUUGGAGGAGGAGGAAAAGAUAAUGACGGCGGUCUCCUUGGCGGUGUUCUUGGGGGUGGCGGAGGCGGUGACAAGAAGAGCGGAGGUGGCGGAGGCUUGCUCGGAGGAGGUGGAGGUGGUUUAUUGGGAUAG